AUGGCGACUCCAACUCCUGAUACUUCUGAACAAUACGAUCAGUUCGAAGAUGAUGAGUCUGAACAGCAAUUGGGAGCUACAGCAUCUGGGCGUAAACGACUAUUCAGUAAAGAACUUCGCUGUAUGAUGUAUGGCUUUGGAGAUGAUCAAAAUCCAUACACAGAGAGUGUUGAUUUCCUAGAGGAUCUGGUUAUCGAAUUUAUUACAGAAACUACUCAUAGAGCUAUGGAAGUUGGAAGACCAGGUAGAGUUCAAGUAGAGGAUAUAAUAUUUCUUGUUCGUAAAGAUUUCCGAAAAUAUGCUAGAGUUAAAGACCUUCUUACGAUGAAUGAAGAAUUAAAGAAAGCUCGAAAGGCUUUUGAUGAAGUUAAAUAUGUUGGUGAGUAA